AAACCAGUGGAAACGAGUUGCUGUUGCUGAAUCGUAUUGAAGUGGCCAUUGCAAAGGAAAUGGAUGCAGAAGCAAGUAAAACGAAUGGAAUUCAGGGCCAAAACUCUGUCCCUAACAGUGAAGGUUAUUUUGCAGAGGCUGAGUCACUUGAAGAAACUGAAAAUGUCCCAUCUUUACAGAUUUUGGAUAGUAGAACAGAAGAAAGUACUGAGAAAAGCAGACAGUUUGAGUAUGAUGGGUUAAACUUCCAAAAUAUGAGCAUUGCUGAUUUAUCGGAGAGAGAGUUUGCAAAAGUUGAGGAAGCAGAAAGAUUUUACUGCAACUAUGCUCUUGCAAUUGGUUUUAGCAUAAGAAGAAGUCGUUUGAGACGUAGCGAGGGUGGGGUUGUGAUGGGAAGACAAUGGGUGUGCUCAAAAGAAGGGAGUAGAUCAAAGAAAUGGACGAAUAGAGAUGAUAUGGUUCGUACACCAAGGAAAGAGACUAGAGAGAAUUGUCACGCUACAUUUGCUGUGAAGUAUUGUCCUAACCAGGAUGCUUAUAUUGUGACUAAAUUUGUAAAGGAGCACAGCCACCGACUUGCUAACUCACAUGAGGUGCCUUUUCUUCGUUCGCACCGGUGUGUUACGGAAUCUAACAUAGCACAAUCUAUGUCUAUGAGAAAAGCCUCUAUUAAAACCAAUAGGACGUACGACUAUAUGGUUGACCAAGCAGGUGGAUACAAAAAAGUGGGGUUCACCAGUAAGGAUCUAUAUAACAGGAUGGAUUUCGAGCGUCGACAAGUGGUAUUGGAUGGUGAUGCACAAGCAGCAAUAAGCUACAUGAAUGGCAAGGCAAUAGCGGACCCGAAAUUUUUUUGCAUGUUUAGUGUAGAUGAGGAGAAUAGAUUGGCAAAUUUGUUUUGGAGAGACUCUCAAUCUCUACACGAUUAUUGUUGCUUUGGGGAUGUGGUGAUACUUGAUAGCACGUACAAAACCAAUGUAUAUGACAAGCCUUUAGUGGUGUUUGUUGGUGUAAACAACCAUAACGCGACUACAGUUUUUGGUUGUGCAUUUCUUGUUGAUGAGACUGCUGAUACAUAUCGUUGGGUACUCAGAACUUUUUUGACUUCUAUGAAGGACAAGAAGCCUGUAUCUAUUGUCACGGACGGGGAUGACGCAAUGCGCGUAGCGAUUGAUGAAGUUUUUCCCGAUGCACAUCAUCGUUUAUGUACAUGGCACAUCAUGAGGAAUGUGAACACCAAUGUGAAUAACCCAGAAAUAGUAAGGGAGUUUAGCUAUUGUGUGCAUGGUGGUUUGACACCAGUAGCUUUCGAACAACAUUGGCAGCAAAUGAUACAGACGUAUGAUCUAAAAGGCGAUUGGAUCGAGAUGAUGUACCGUAAACGGAAACGAUGGGCUGAAGCAUACUGCUCAGGGCAUUUUUUUGGUGGGAAUACCACCACACAACGUGUCGAGGGUAUGCAUAAGAACUUGAAGGAUGGAAUUGGUAGAGGCAUGAGGUUAGUGGAGUGUAUUCCACGGAUUGAAAGAUCGUUAUUGAGGUUGAGAAAUGAGAAUGUGAAGGAUGACUUUGAUUCCAACCAUUCACAUCCACUCCUUCGCACGCACCUUCGAUCACUAGAGGAACAUGCAGCUUCUAUUUUCACUCACGACAUUUACAAGUUGAUAAGAAAUGAGAUAAACAAGGAGGCAAAAUUAAUUCUCGUGCAACCCGUAAGAAACAAUGAAGAUCCUCGUGUUUACACAUUUUCCAAAUUUGGAAGACCCGUUGAGAAAUGGACUGUAGUGUACUACAAGAAAGAGCAACAUCUGCAAUGUUCGUGCAAAUUAUUUGAAUCCAGUGGAAUUCCGUGUUGUCAUAUGUUUGGAGUCAUGAAAUGUGAGCAUAUGGAUGAAAUACUUCCGACCUUAAUAAUGAAGAGAUGGACAAAGGAUGCAAGACGUGGGAGUGAAAUUGUAGUCAAGUCUGAUGAUGUUCCCCACGAAACUAUUCAAAUGGCUAGGUUUGGGUCAUUAAGCGCUGAUUUUAACAAGCUUUGUUUUUAUGGGUCACAAACAGAAGUCGCUUACAAGAGGCUAAAGGCUGAAUGUGGGAGAUUAAAUACUUUGGUUGAGACAUGGAAGGAGCAACAUGAGCAAACUAGUCUUAAACUAGGAUGCCAUAAUAAUGUUGUAAGAGACCCCAUAGUUGCUAAGACAAAAGGAAAGCAAACAACGGGAAGCAAAGGCAAAAAGGCCCCACAAUGCGGAGAGUGCAAGGUUACUGGUCACAACAAAAGAAACUGUCCAAAUCUCAUUGUUGGUGAGGGAGGUAAGCGGAAAAGGGGUUAUACAAGUGACAUGAGCGAUAUUCUUUCUAGUUUUGGACCAGAAGAUGAUACAACUGUUGGGAACAAAACAUUUUAUUCCUCCUCGAGUGCUGUGCAUGGGACUAAGAUGUUGUCCUCUUCUUAUACACCCCCUAACUCGGGCUUCUCAUGUGGCGAAGUGUCUAGUGGCUCCACUCAUUACACCUCUGAUGGUUUCCCCUUUGAGACACCCGAGUAUAGUGUAUUGGAAUCACAAUUUGACACACAAGCCUCGCCACCUAGAGAUCGUAAUAGAUUUUGGGUUCCAUUCACCCCAAUAAAAUGA